GCAACUGUUCCCUCAGGUUGUGUUCCUAACACCAAUAAGACUAAUAUACCCAAGCCAGCACCACGACUCUCUAUUUCAUCUCCUCGGGCAACUGUGAUUGCCAGUAUGGAAACACCCUCACAGGGUUUGCAGACAGUCAUGAAGUGGAAAACAGUGGUAGCCAUUUUCUUUGUGGUAGUGGCCUAUCUGGUUACAGGGGGUCUUGUGUUUCGUGCUUUGGAACAGCCAGAAGAAAGCAGUCAGAAAAUCAGAAUUGCCAAUGAUAAAGCAGAAUUCCUCCAAGAAAACAACUGUGUAUCCCAGCAGGAGUUGGAAGCAUUGAUUAAGCGGGUUAUGAAUGCUACCAGUGCAGGAGUCAACCCUGUUGGAGAUUCUUCUAAUAGCAGCAGCCACUGGGACCUAGGAAGUGCCUUUUUCUUUGCAGGAACUGUCAUUACUACUAUAGGUUAUGGAAAUAUUGCCCCAAGCACAGAAGGCGGAAAAAUUUUCUGUAUUUUGUAUGCCAUCUUUGGGAUCCCGCUUUUUGGCUUUCUGCUAGCUGGCAUAGGUGACCAACUUGGAACCAUCUUUGGGAAGGGCAUUGCACGAGUCGAAAAGGUCUUUCGAAAGAAACAAGUCAGUCAGACAAAGAUUCGUGUGAUCUCUACCAUUCUUUUCAUCCUGGCCGGAUGCGUUGUUUUUGUCACCAUUCCAGCAGUCAGUUUCAAAUAUAUUGAAGAAUGGUCAGCCCUGGACUCUUUUUAUUUUGUUGUUGUCACUCUGACCACCGUUGGUUUUGGGGAUUUUGUGGCAGGAGGAAAUGCAGAAAUCCCUUAUCGGGAAUGGUACAAACCCUUGGUAUGGUUCUGGAUCCUUGUGGGCCUUGCAUAUUUUGCUGCUGUCCUUAGCAUGAUUGGAGACUGGCUGAGGGUUAUUUCAAAGAAGACUAAAGAGGAGGUUGGUGAAAUAAAAGCCCAUGCAGCAGAAUGGAAAGCCAAUGUGACAGCAGAGUUCAGGGAAACGCGGCGGCGGCUGAGUGUGGAGAUCCACGAUAAACUUCAGAGGGCGGCCACCAUUCGGAGCAUGGAGCGCAGGCGUUUAGGUUUGGACCAGAGAGCCCAUUCUCUGGAUAUGCUGUCUCCAGAGAAACGUUGUGUCUUUGCUGCCUUGGGCAACAGCCAUUUCAAGGCUUCAUCUCAGGAAAGCAUCAACAACAAGCCUAAUAACCUGCGCCUUAAAGGAUCAGAGCAAUUGAGCAAACAUGGGCAGGGGGCAUCUGAGGACAACAUCAUCAACAAGUUUGGUUCUUCAUCCAAGCUGACCAAAAGGAAAAACAAAGACCUGAAAAAAAGUAUCCCGGAAGACGUACGGAAAAUCUAUGAGACCUUACGGCAUUACUCCUUGGAUGAGGAGGAGAAGAAGGAAGAGGAGGAUGACGACUUGGAGAAGGUGUGUCACUCGGCACACUCCAGUACUGCCAUUCUUACCAAUUGUAUUGAACAACACAUGGACCUGGAGAAUGGCAUGCUCCCCACUGAAACCAAAGAAAGGGAACACAAAAAUAAAUCAUUACUUGAAGACAGGAAUUAA